CCAGACUCACCCAGCCGCGGCCGGCGGCCGCCAUUUUACGAGGGGCAGGAGCGGCUCGCGAAGCGGGCGGGGCCCUCCGACCGCCCCGUGACCUCCGACCCCGCCAGGCCACGCGCCACGCCCCCGCGCUGACCCCUGACCCCCCGCGACCUGACCCCUGACCUCUCACCCAUGCCCCAGUGACCUUGGUUCUAGUCUGCGCCCUUUGACCUCCUGCUGCCCCCCCAGGAGCCAGGGUGGGAAUGGCCCACAGGGGGGGGCCGCCCCCUCCCCCUCCCGCCCCCCGGCAGGGCCCUGCCCCUCCCCCACCCCCGCCCCCCCCGCCCCCUCCCAGGCCGCUGCCCCCCCACGGGGCCAAGUUCCUCCAGGCGGCCCCGGCGCCGCGCAGCGGAGACGAGCUCCGGGAGCUGCUGAGCCGCCGGAAACCCAGCUUCAGCGGGUGUCUCAAGUGGCUCCUCUACAACAGGGCGGUGCCUUCCUUAAUCCAAGAGGGGCCCCAGUGCGGGCUGGUGGCGCUGUGGAUGGCGGGCUCCCUCCUCAGUCUGUCCCAGGACGUCUCCCUGGAGAGGAUCAUGCAGGUGGCAUUGGAGAGAGGCUACACUGCCCAGGGAGAAAUGUUCUCAGCGGCUGACAUGGCCCAGCUUGCCGAGGAGGUGUUCCAGUGCCAGGCCGAGCUGCUUUCGGGAGGUCUGGAGGGAGAGAACCGGGGCAGGAUCCUUCGCCAUCUGACCGCUGGCUGCCCCCUGCUACUGCCCUACGACGAGGACUCCAACCACGAGCCUUGCAGGAGACGCGGCUACAAAGCCCACUGGGCCGUCGUCUCGGGACUCCUGCUGGGCCUCCGGGACGGCGCCCUCAGUCCGGCCUGCCAGGAGGACGAGCAGAUCCCCGGCCUCUUCCGCCCCGGCCCGGCCUGCCCCCCGCCCGCCCCGGAGGACGUGCUGGAGACCUACCUGCUCUCCAAGCAGGGCAAGAGCUGGCGCCCCCAGCUGUGGAAUUACCGGCAGGCGCACGAGAGCAACGCCCAGCUGAUGGACUUCUGCCCCAAGCGGGCGGGCGACGGCAAGGUCUACGUGGUGCCCGCGGGCGGCGUCAAAGCGGGGCUCUGCGGCAAGACGGUGCUGCUGUGCCCAAGGACCACACAGAGCGCCCUGCCCCAGCCAGCCGGGCCGCCCCCUGCUGCCGAGCGCUAAGAGCCACUGGGGCAGCAGGCGGAGGAGACGGCACAGCGCCCGCCUGCUGCAAACUCCCUGCAUCCCUUGGGCCCGCCCAUGCUACCAGGGACAGCAGGGCCUAGUGGGUGGAGCACUGAUCUGGGACUCGGGGGGCCUGGCUCUGCCGCGCUUCCCCGCUCCGUGCCUCAGUUUCCCCUCUGCAAAAUGGGGCUGAUGUUCCUGCCCUCCUUUGCAGAGCGGUGCACGGGGAGGGGCAGGGCAUAUAAUAGUCAGACGCACCAAGGAGAGAGCCGCUGGGGUUAAAGUGCAGGGUGUGGCCCCGGCCCCUUUUCCCUGUGCCGCAGGAAGCGCCAAUGCCCGCCGGGCUGUGGCCGUGGGGGAGGAGCAGCUAUUUCAGGCCCUCUCCAGAGGAGCUGCUGCUCUUCCCCCAGGGAGCUUCUCAGAAUGUCCCAGAUUUCUGGUUUGGGGCCACGGCGCCAGGAAACGGCAGGUACUUGUGGCCGGCUCUGAAAAUAACUUAACGCUUCCUGUCUGCCACCCACCACUGUUAGCUCUUGAGAGCAGGGACUGGCUCUCAGUCAGGACUGGUGCAGCGUCCGGCCCGACGGGGCCCCGAUCUUGGCCGGGGUCUGGGCAGCACCCGGCCUGAUGGUCUCAGCUCUCUAGAGCUGCUGUCAUACACCUAACUUGGGAACUCUGAACCACGCCCAGCAAACCUGCAUUAAAGACAAAGGCUGUUUGGUUUCCACCA